AUGGACGGCACUCAUUGUACGGUCAUGGUGACAGGUGGCGAGGCAGCUCGAUUUUACAACAGGCAUUCCCAAACAAGCAUUAAUGUUUUGGCGAUAUGCAAUUAUGAUAUGUUAUUCACUUACAUAUUUGUAGGCUGUCCUGGAUCAGUACAUGAUGCUAGAGUUUUGUCGUAUGCAAUGGAGCGUGAUUCAACAUUUCCGACUCCUCCGCCGUCCAAGUACUAUCUUGUUGAUUCUGGUUAUGCUAACACAAGAGGAUAUUUAGCUCCAUUUAGAGGUCAUAGGUAUCAUUUGCCACAUUUUCAAGUAGGCUCUCCACCUAGAGAUGAAGAAGAGUUAUUUAAUAGAUGGCAUUCUUCUCUCCGCUCAGUGAUCGAACGAACAUUUGGAGUUUGGAAGAAAAAAUGGAGAAUUUUAUCAGAGUUUCCGAGAUAUGAUCUGGAACACAAAACGAAUAAUCAUAGCGGACAGCUGGUUUGCAUAACUUCAUUCGUCUUUCUCAAAUUCCAGAUUUUGAUUUUGAUGAUGCUUUACAUGUUGACGCAAUUCCAAGAGAACAAUGGAGAAGGUGGAGAGAACGAAGAAGUAAACUAUUUGCAAGAACAAGAGAAACAACAGAUGGUGCUUAUAUGCAAGCAAUACAAGCAAAUAUGGGAUAAUUUUCAUUAA